AUGGACGAACAAGAUCUUGCCACCUUGAAUCUGGUCAACAUUCCCAGCGACUUGCUGGCCGAGCCUUACCAAGAUCUUCCAUUUGAAGGAGUGGGAGUGGACGAGUUACUAGAAGGCCGGUCAGAUGUGCUCAAGAGGGCGCCAUAUUGCCCAUACUUCCAUGAUAUUUGGGUGGCUACACCCUGUGGAUCUGUAUCACCUGGUGCAAUCCACCAGAACAUUCAGAGAGGGGUGUGGAAAAGUGCUUUCCAUCUGUACGAUGAUUUGCCAACUUGCCCCCAAGAUGUAUCAGAGCCACAAUGGUCAUCUUUAUUAUUCGGUCCAGACACUUGUGAUUGCUUGGAAGUCCAGUCCCAAGACUGCAAAAAGACCGCAACUGGACCGGACCAAGACCGCAACUGGACCGGACCAAGACUGCAAAAGACCAGACCUGCAGUCUUGGUCUUUCAGAUUUGA